AUGUAUGAAAACAUGUCCACAAUGGUGUAUUUAAAGGAAGAGAAGUUGGAGAAACUCACUCAAGAUGAAAUCAUUGCCAAAACUAAACAAGUGAUUAAUGGACUAGAGGCACUGAAGAAUGAACACAAUUCAAUAUUACAGAGCUUACUUGAAACACUGAAAUGUUUGAAGAAAGAUGAUGAAACUAAUCUGGUUGAAGAAAAAUCAAACAUGAUUCGAAAGUCACUGGAAAUGCUGGAGCUUGGCCUUAGUGAAGCACAGGUGAUGAUGGCCUUGUCAAAUCACUUAAAUGCAGUGGAAUCAGAGAAGCAGAAAUUGCGUGCUCAGGUUCGCCGGCUAUGCCAGGAAAAUCAGUGGCUACGGGAUGAACUAGCCAAUACACAACAGAAACUACAGAAAAGUGAGCAAUCUGUGGCUCAACUGGAGGAAGAAAAGAAACAUCUAGAAUUCAUGAAUCAAUUAAAAAAAUAUGAUGAUGAUAUUUCACCAUCAGAGGAUAAAGAUACGGAUUCCACCAAAGAGCCUUUGGAUGACUUAUUUCCCAAUGAUGAAGAUGAUCAAGGACAAGGAAUUCAACAGCAGCAUAGCAGUGCAGCAGCUGCUGCCCAACAAGGUGGCUAUGAAAUUCCAGCAAGAUUAAGGACCCUUCAUAAUCUUGUUAUUCAGUACGCUUCCCAAGGUAGAUAUGAGGUUGCUGUACCUCUCUGUAAACAAGCUCUGGAAGAUCUGGAGAAGACUUCGGGUCAUGAUCAUCCUGAUGUUGCCACUAUGUUGAAUAUACUUGCUUUGGUGUACAGAGACCAGAACAAAUACAAAGAUGCAGCAAAUCUCCUGAAUGAUGCCUUGGCUAUCCGCGAAAAGACUUUGGGCAAAGAUCAUCCAGCGGUGGCAGCAACUCUAAACAAUCUUGCAGUACUUUAUGGUAAACGGGGAAAGUACAAAGAAGCUGAACCGUUGUGUAAGCGAGCUCUGGAAAUCAGAGAAAAGGUUCUGGGGAAAGACCACCCUGAUGUUGCCAAACAAUUAAAUAACUUGGCUUUACUAUGCCAGAACCAGGGUAAAUAUGAGGAGGUUGAAUACUACUAUCAGAGGGCACUGGAGAUUUACCAAACUAAGCUGGGACCUGAUGAUCCAAAUGUUGCGAAAACAAAGAAUAACCUGGCAUCCUGCUAUCUAAAACAGGGCAAAUUUAAGCAAGCGGAAACUUUAUACAAAGAGAUUCUUACUCGUGCUCAUGAACGGGAAUUUGGCUCUGUAGAUGAUGAAAAUAAGCCUAUUUGGAUGCAUGCGGAAGAGAGGGAAGAAUGCAAAGGAAAGCAAAAAGAUGGCACAUCUUUUGGAGAAUAUGGUGGCUGGUACAAAGCUUGCAAAGUUGACAGUCCAACAGUAACGACUACCUUAAAGAACCUUGGGGCGCUUUACAGACGACAGGGCAAAUUUGAAGCUGCUGAAACAUUAGAAGAGGCAGCAAUGAGAUCUCGUAAACAGGCAAGUAUGAAGAUUCACCUUAAUGAUAUUUCUGCGUUGUGCUCUAGCCACUUUUCUGUGCCAUACAGCCAUGGUCUUGACAAUGUUCAUAAACAGAGAGUUGCUGAAGUGCUGAAUGACCCUGAGAGCAUAGAAAAAAGGCGAAGCCGAGAAAGCCUCAAUGUUGAUGUGGUAAAGUACGAGAGUGGUCCUGAUGGAGGCGAGGAAGUGAGUAUGAGCGUAGAAUGGAAUGGGGAUGGCACUGGAUCUUUAAAACGCAGUGGUUCCUUUAGCAAACUUCGUGCUUCCAUUAGACGCAGCAGUGAGAAGCUGGUUAGAAAGCUGAAGGGAGGAAGUUCACGAGACAGUGAACCAAAGAAUCCAGGCAUGAAGCGUGCCAGUUCUCUGAAUGUUCUUAACAUGGGUGGCAAGGCUACUGAAGAUCAUUUUCAAGAACGAAAUAAUUGUCUGACAGACUCGAGAGCUCUGAGUGUCAGUCAUACUGAUUUGGCGCAUUGAGAUUCUUGGACAGAAGCUAGCUAAUAUUCCUUGGUGAAUAAAGAAGCACUGAGACCUUCAAAGCUUUGGUUCCUCAUCAUUAUGUAUAGGAACACCUAGUUUGUAGAUUUUGUUGUUUUUUUUUCUAAAGGACUGCUGUUUUUACUUUUCUAAAUAGGAACGAUUUUAAACACAGCAUUAGUGGGUAUUUUCGUCUAAAGGAAAACUAUAUAGAUAUAUAUUGCUCAUUGCACUGCUCCCAUUCAUGCUACUUAUGUUGAUUUCUUUACUAGAUCUGAAUAUUACAGCAGCCAAAAAAAUGUAAAAAUGCAAACAUAUUUAAAGCAUACCAAAAUGCAAAGAUGUUUGAAAAUGCAGGCAAAAUUAAGUGUGUAGCAGUCAAUAUAUACAGUGGUGGAAAGAGAAAAGGAUAACUUUAUGUGCAUUACUGUAUAAAUUCAAAUUGAGCAUACUGUAUUGGUGGGGCUUUCCUUUGCACCACGGAUUAUUGUAAUGUUAGAAAACCUAGCUGGCAAAACAGCACUUAGACACGGCUUACUUAACCACUAGAUUGAGCUAUUAAAUGUUACAGAAGAGAUGGUUGGGGUUACAUUACAUAUAGAUAGCAUGAAUAGUGAUACCUGUGACCAUAACUUUGAUACUUGUUGAUGUAAGUCUUAGGGCACAAUAAUUAGUGGAGAUAGGAUGGUUCAUGUUGAUCAGGAGAAAUGGAAAAUGUUUUGACCUUUACCUUGCAUGAUUGACAAAUACUGAAGUUUUGGACUGCAGCUGUCCCAGAGCAGCUGCUGUUGCUCUUGGGGAAACACCAAGCCUCAGGUUGACUUUAUUGCUUGUCCACUGGAGUUCACAAUCCCAUUCUCUGUUUGCUCCAGCAUUUCCUUAUGCUGAUCCCAAGUCCUGCCUUUCUCCGUAAUAGCUGAUGACAGCAGAAGCAGGCGACUGCAUGCUUUGCCAUUACCCUGUGGAGUAGGGGCUGUGCAAAGGACCACUCAGAUCUGAGGGGCCCCAGUGGAAGCACUGGAUGGCCGUAAGUGGCAAGCAACUCGUUUGACCACACAUCCAUGUUAAAUCUACUUACAGUUAAUAUACAUGCUGUCUGUAUCCAGGACUGCUGCUAGAACUAUGUAUGUUUUAAGUAUUUUAUAGACACUAGUAUUUCAUUUUGCUUUUCUGUAAAGCUUGUAAUUUUGUUCAUCUUUUGUAAAAAUUCUUAUUCAUGUGAAGCUGGAUGAGAAAGUAAAAAAACCAACCAGUGUGUGUACAAAUGUAUUUGUGGUUGUAGUUGUGAGUUGGAAAAUGCCGAACGAAAUUAACUUUGGGAAAAGCUGGAAUAUUCAUUCAAGGUUAGCGCCAGCUGAAGGAGGUAAAACAUAGGGAUAUAAGCAAGUUUUAGUAUUUGAACAGGCUGUGAAGAGUCAUUAGAAUUAGUACUUUGUAGAAGUAUUUGACUGGCUUUGCAUCUGGUUUUAAGUUGUGUUACGAUACCUGAUGCAAAAAGUUGUAUGUGUAAUGCACUUGACUAUGUUUACCAGGAGGUACCUUAUUAGCAUCUCUUUAAAGAAAGCUGUGUAUGGUAUACCUGCUAUAAGGAAAAUUUAGGAACGGUGUGAUAUGAUGCUGCUAAUAUGUAGAAUUAGCACAGAGUAGUGCAAUUCCUUAAUGAACUCGAGCAAGAACAGGUUGUUGCUCAGUUAUCUUAACAAUAUAUACACAUAUAAUGUAGACUUUUGAGUUUUAAUCUUUUUAUUAAGAGCUUUUUAUAUAAAAAUAUACAUAAUAUAUAUACUUUUUUCACCCCUAAAGCAAAAUAUGUUAUAUGCAGCCACUGGUGGAUUUGGGUCUCUGCACAAGUCCAGACUGAGCUAGCUUUGCACAAAGAACUGCACCGCAGGUUGCCAGGCUGGUCAGGUAGCCGUGGCCAACUGACAGACAGGCCGGGGGGACGGCGGGAGAGCCCGUGGCAGCACUGUUCCCCUGGCCGCGCCUGGGAGAAACUCACUGCGAACUCCCCUUGCAGUCAGCCUGUCGCACACCAGCGCGAUGCUGCUGCCACAGGAGUGGCCCAGUGGGCCUUGGAACGUGCGGUUCUGUGGAGCUCAGUGUUUCACUUAGAGACCGUUAUAAAAGUCUGACUUCCAAAAAAACCCACAAAACUAUUCGACACAGAACUGAUUUUGGCAAUAAGGAAUUACUUAAAUUGAAGAAUGUGUUUCCUACAUUCAUCUUUCAACUUCUAAGGAAAAUUAUUUUUGCAGCCUCUCAAAAACAAACAAA